AUGAGAUUUGAUAUGCUAAUCAUAGACUAUGCAAAUGAAGCUCUAGUUUUUUGAUUGAUUUCAAGGUAGUUGGAAGAUAUUUUUCGGUGCUGCUGUUGGUGGCUGUAAAUAAAACUUCCAGAGACUUCAGAAGAAGAAGAAAUAUUUGAUUUCAUUUGAUUUGAUUAUUGUUUAUAGUAUAUUUGUAUGCUAUUAUGUAUAAAUAUAUCAUAUACUAUAUAUAUAUAAAUAUUUACAUAUGCGUGAGGCAUGAGAGUGAUUGGUUUCAAUCUACAUGCUCAUGAUCUGGUGACAGAGAACCAGUGACCCACAUUGGUCAUUGGGGUGGCCUCUUUCUUUGCUUCUUCUUUCUAAUUGAUGGAAGCAAAUUCAUCUGCACAUACCCUUUAUUGGAGGGUAUAUGAUUGCUUUGGCAUUUUAAUUAUUCUUCUAGUUGAGAAAGUCUCCAACUGAAGGAAGAAGAGGCCUAUUUUGCAAUCUGCUUAUGAAUUCAAAUCAAUAUCUGAAGAGAUUUCUUUUGUAGUUUUGACUGUCUUCUUUUUAUCUAUCUCCCUAAUACAUAUUUGAUUAGAGAUUUAGAGAGUUCUAUUUUGUUUUUUGUGAGCCAAAAAAAUCCAUAGUGACACCUGUUUGUGUGUGUUAAGGAAAACAUAGAUACAUGAUAAAGCCUUGCAUAUGCAACAGAAGCCAACAAAACAACAUUUAAAACACACCCAGAGAGGUACAGAGAGACACCCUUUAAGGCUUGCUUUAACUACUGAGCUACUACUGAAGUGGCCCUCCUUCAUAUUUCUAUUUUUGUACCUUUCUUUCUUCCCCCUUAACAUUUUUCUCUCUCUGUCUUUCAAGCAUAGGUUAUAUGAUUCUGUUUUUCUAACAGGAAUUUUGAACCACAACCAAUCUCAAGCAACUCUUAAUUCUCCCUCGUUGCCUUCGAAUUUUCUCUAAUUCUUCUGGGCAACCCUUAUCCUUGUAGAAUUGAUGUCAAAUUUGUACAAUCAUAUUUCUUCACCUGCAUCCCAAAGGGCCAAUUCACCAAAUAUAAACAUGAGAAGCAAUUUUGAUGUUGAUAGUCAGUACUUAACAGAGCUGUUAGCAGAACACCAGAAGCUUGGACCUUUCAUGCAAGUUCUACCCUUGUGCACCAGACUCCUUAAUCAAGAGAUUUUAAGGGUUUCUGGGAAGAGUGGAUUGUUGCAAAACCAAGGGUUUAGUGACUUCGACAGAAUGCAAUUUAUAAGUUCAAGUCAUAUGGCUUCUUCAGACUUAACACCAAACUUUACUGGUUGGAACAGCUUGUCACAUGAGAGGUUAGCUGGAGCACAGGGACUGAACAUGGAUUGGCAAACAGCACCUGUUGUUCCAAGUUCUCCCAUUGUGAAGAAAAUACUGCGCUUGGAUAUUCUUAAGGAUAGCUAUCCAAAUUUCAAUUUUGUUGGCCGGCUUCUUGGCCCAAGGGGUAAUUCACUGAAGCGAGUGGAGGCUACCACAGGUUGCCGUGUAUAUAUCAGAGGGAAAGGUUCAAUUAAAGAUCUAGACAAGGAAGAGUUGUUAAGGGGAAGGCCUGGCUAUGAGCACCUGAAUGAUCCACUUCACAUUUUAAUUGAAGCUGAACUACCAGCCAGUGUUGUUGAUGUAAGGUUGAGGCAAGCACAAGAAAUCAUUGAAGAGCUACUUAAACCAGUGGAUGAGUCACAGGACUAUUACAAGAGGCAACAACUAAGAGAACUCGCUAUGCUCAAUUCCAACUUUAGAGAAGAGAGCCCUCAACUGAGUGGUAGUGUCUCGCCAUUCACUUCUAAUGAAAUAAAACGUGCCAAAACUGAUCAAUAGUGAAUUAUAUAAAUUAUAUGUUGAGAAUUGCUGCAUUUGAUGUUGCUUCCUGUAACUAAAUUCUGUAAAGCUGCAAUGAGAGAAGGCAUUGCUGAUAUCAAUGAUGCUGUUGAUUUGGAGAACAAAAUAAAGCGAAGAAAAACAUAUUAUUAAAUUAUAUUUUGACCUGUCAUCUAUAAUGUGUAUAAAUAUGAUAUUGUUGGAAUUUAUACACUGUUUAUUGAUAGUAUUGGAAAUAUGUGUUUUU